ACGACUGGAUUUCGGGGGACUGCUCCGUGGUGCGUCUCCUCGCCCCGCCUCUCGUCCUACAGUCGCAACGCUCUCCCGUCUCGCCGCCGUCUCGGGCUCUCCGCUCGAUCCAUUCCGAUGCUGCGCGCCGCCCACGCGGUGAGCAGCUCACCAACUUUCUAGCAGUUCUUCUCCGAGUACCAUUUCCAUGUGCUUCUUCGUUGAUCUGCCAAGGUUCUUCCAACCGUUGCUUGCGCUCGCUGCUCUUCUUCCUCGGUUCAGAAGAAAUUCGGGCAGCAUCGCGUAGUUUUCCUUUUGAAGUUAGAGAAUACUCGUUCGUUGCUCGUCUCUCAGCUGACCUGUGAGACCCACCUCGAUGGGAGAGGUUGGCACCGGCACACCUGCCAACACCAUACCGCUGAUAGCCUUUUAUAAGAGUAAAAAAAAAAGGAACUCCGAACUCCACUUGUCAAUAAAAAUGCAUAUCUAUAGAUCUGACAUAGUAAAAAUAGAGAUAUGUAUCAGCUGUGUUUUAUUCUCCAUAUCUUCGUAUACAUUAUAUAUGUCUCACGAUCUGUAGCACGUUUGUCUAUGCUCGAUGAUUGCGACGUCUGAAGCGGUUGGAAUGAGCAUCUCACACAAUUCCAUAGCUGUUGGAGCCGCUGGCCAUCAUUUGUUGAUUACUCUAUUUCGACAUAUGUUGACUGAGGCAUCCGAUUUGCAGCUCCAUCCUUUUUCUUGUUAUCUUCUUUCUCCUCUUGCUUUCUCAGGGUAUCAACCUGGUUUCUUCACCUGCAACUGCAAGAAGAACAUGGUCAUGGGCUCCACGGAUAGAUUUGACAAGAGCCCUCUGCUGGAUGGAGGCAGCUCAUCACAGGAGAGUACCACAGAAUAUACAGGUGAUGGAUCUGUUUGCACCAGUGGGCAUCCUGCUUCCAAAAAACAUACAGGGAACUGGAAGGCCUCCUCCUUAACCAUAGUCUGUUCAUUCUGCUGUUAUUUGGCCUAUUCCUCAAUUGGAAAAAACCUAGUCAGUUAUCUCACAAAAGUCUUGCAUGAAACAAAUUUGGAUGCUGCAAGACACGUUGCAACUUGGCGAGGUACUAGCUAUCUCGCUCCUCUGGUUGGAGCCUUUGUUGCUGAUUCAUAUCUGGGGAAGUACCGGACAGCUUUGAUCGCCUGCACAAUUUUCAUUAUGGGAAUGAUGAUGUUGCUUCUAUCAGCAGCACUUCCAUUAAUCUCAGCCGGUCCUCACGCUUGGACUCUUUGGGCAGAUCCUGUCUCUUCUCGGUACAUUAUGUUCUUGGUCGGGUUGUACAUGGUUGGUUUAGGGUACGGUGCACAGAGCCCUUGCGUCACGUCUUUUGGAGCCGAUCAAUUUGAUGACACUGAUGAAGUGGAGAAGACCAGAAAGAGCUCUUUCUUUAAUUGGCACUAUUUCUCAAUCAAUGCUGGUUCAUUGAUCGCUGGGACUGUUAUUGUCUGGGUUCAAGAACAUGAAGGCUGGCUCUGGGGUUUUACAAUUUCUACACUAUUUGUGACUUUAGGAAUAAGUGUUUUUUCCUUGGGCUCCAUUGUGUAUAGAUUUCAGAAACCUGGAGGAAGCCCUCUAGCAAGAAUAUGGCAGGUUGUCGUUGCAGCUUCUCGGAACUUCGAUAAAGUUUUACCAUGUGAUUCCUCGGCUCUUUAUGAGUUUUCGGGGCAAGGUUCGGCAAUUGAAGGCAGCCGGAAAUUGGUACAUACAAGUGGACUUGAGUUCUUUGAUAAAGCUGCGAUUGUGACACUACCUGACUGUGAAUCUCCUGGCCAACUUAAUGAAUGGAAGAUUUGUACUGUCACUCAGGUAGAGGAGUUAAAGAUUCUGAUCAGAAUGUUCCCAAUUUGGUCAGCAAUGGUAUUGUUUGCUGCAGUUCAGGAACAAAUGUUUUCAACAUUUGUAGAGCAAGGGAUGACAAUGGAGAAACACAUCGGGUCUUUCGAAAUACCCGCUGCAUCAUUUCAAUCUAUAGAUACAAUUACUGUCAUUAUGCUGGUUCCAAUUUAUGAGAAAGUCCUUGUUCCAGUAAUAAGAAAAUUCACCGGCAGAGCGAAUGGCAUUACAUCACCACAGAGAAUAGGGAUUGGUUUAUGUUUCUCCAUGUUCUCAAUGCUGUUGGCAGCAUUGGUGGAGAGUAACCGGUUACAGAUUGCACAGGCCGAAGGUUUGGUGCACAGCAAGGUGGUUGUUCCGAUGAGCAUCCUGUGGCAAGGACCCCAGUACUUCCUGCUAGGCGUCGCGGAGGUGUUCUCCAACAUUGGGCUAACUGAAUUUUUCUACGACGAAUCUCCAGACGCCAUGAGAAGCUUAGGCAUGGCAUUCUCGCUCCUUAACAUCUCGGUUGGAAAUUACCUUAGUUCGUUUAUCCUUUCCCUUGUGCCUGUAUUCACAGCCAGAGGAGGCAGCCCAGGGUGGAUACCUGAUAACUUGAAUGAAGGACAUUUGGAUAGAUUCUACCUGAUGAUGGCUGGGCUGAGUUUACUGAAUAUAUUUGUGUUUGCAUUCUAUGCUAGGAGGUACAAAUGUAAGAAGGCUUCCUGAGCAUCCUUGACCUUGGCAUUGUAAUUGGAGACUGUAAGUUUGUAGUUUUUUCUUUUUCUAAACCGGAGACACUCAGUGUGAGACUCUACAUCUCAUUAUGAGAAAUGGUGGUGUUAAAAAGGUGCUUUUAUCUGGAAAAGAAAGUUAAAUA